GGCGGCUCUGUAUCAGAUGAAGCUUAACGUCGCAGACCAAAUCAAUGUGGAAUGCUAUGAGAAACAAGAGACCUCGGGAGGCUUGUGGAAUUACACUUGGAGAACAGGGACGGAUUUAUAUGGGGAACACGUACACUCAAGUAUGUACACAAAUCUGUGGCUGGCCGGACCGAAAGAGGGAAAUGAAUAUAUGGACUAUUCCUACAAAGAUCACUUCGGAAAACUGCUGCCUUCCUACGUACCACGUGAAAUAGCUCUGCAAUAUGUCAAUGGUCGAUUAACCAAAGGCAAAUGCGGCGACAUGAAGUCCCUCGUUCAUUUUCGGCAUGUCGUCACAAGUGUCGAAUACGACAAUGAUGCAGACCACUUUACGGUAUGGAUUCGAGAUCUUCCCGGUAACAAAGACAAUAAGGAAAUAUUUUCCCACGUGGUGGUGGCUUCAGGGGCAUUUUAUGUUCCAAACAGUCCAAGUUUUGAAGGCAUUUGCUCGUUCCCCGGUCGUAACAUUCACUCUUAUGAUUUCAGAGAAGCUAGGGAAUUCGCAGAACAAACCGUUCUCAUCGUUGGUUCUUCUUUUUCGGCGUCGGAAAUCGCCGUUCAGUUAAUAAGAUUCGGAGCAAAACACGUGAUCGUUACAUACAGGCAACAUCCGGUAAAUUUCAAGGGAACCAGAAGUAUCGAGGAGCGGCCAUUGUUACAAAGGAUCGACAACAACACCAUCCAUUUUAAAGACGGUACCAGCGCCGAUGUGGACGCGAUAAUUCUGUGUACGGGCUACCUUUACCAUUAUCCGUAUCUUAAAGGAGGCCUGAAGUUCGAUACAGGUGUUCCCGUUUGUGUGAUGCCAAAUAAGAUGUACAAAGGAACCGUGUACACACAAGGCGGCAACAAUAAACUGUUGUUUAUUGGACCAUUUGAAUCUUAUGUAAGCUUUUCCUUGUUUGACGUCCAAGCCAGAUGGGUCUACAAGUACAUACUGGGACAAUUGCCAAACGAACCAUCAACGCGAGAGGAGAUGAUGAAAUCUGUUUGUGAAUGGCAAGGCAGAUUUGCAACACUCGACUCGAUAUUUGCAAAGAUUACAUUUCAGAAAGACAUGUUGAUAAUGCUUGCUAAAGAUGUGGGCUAUCCGACAGAAUAUGUAGAGAGAACGUUUGCAGUUGUCUUCCAAUGCGUCUCUGACCGCAUGGAGAACACAUGGACUUACAGAAGUAAAGCCUACCGGACUGUUUUUACAGAUGAACAGUCACCGGCUCCGGAAGUAAGAUGGGAUGAGUCGAUGGAUGACGAUAAAUUGGUCAAACAAUAUACGGAUUAAUUAGGUACUUUUAUCAAAACUCGCUUCUGUAACUUGUUCUAAGGUAAAUAAAGUAACUGAUUUUUUUACAAGCUUGUGUAACUUCCAUUAGAACAUGUUUUAUCUCAAUGCAACUCUAUAUUUAGUAUACAUUUUAUGUAAUGAAAGUGUGUAGAAUGAACUAUUGUUUUGAAUGACGAAUCAGUGUUGCUUAUGUUUUUUUUUAAAUAAAUAUAUACCUGUAAUACAUAUAUAUAUAUAUGUGUGACAUUA